AUGUUCGCACAACGGUGGCCGACGCCCCUCGCCCAGCUCGCCCGGCACGCCGCCGCCUCGCGCGCCCCGUGCGCCGCCCGGCCGCCCUCGUUCGCGCGCUCCCUGUGCUCGACCGCGACGCGCACGACGACGCAGAACUCGGCGUCGUUCCUGCGCUCGUACCGUCUCGCCGUCGCCCUGUCGCUCCCGCUCGGCGGCCUCGCCCUGUCGACCCUGUCGGCCAACAAGCCGCUCGAGUGCGCCGGCGACCGGUCGUACGCCGACCCGUCGGCCAACGCGCUCGCCGACGCGGCCGCAGCCGUCGGCAACGGCGCGGCGGCGACGACGCAGGAGGCCGAGAGCAUCCUCAACCUGCGCGACCUCGGGUUUGGCACGAUCAGCGGCAUCUGCGUCGGCGUGUUUGUCAAGAAGGGCCUGCGUGCUGCCGCGUUCACGCUCGGCUUUGUCUUUAUCGGCCUCCAGUACCUGUCGUCGCGGUCGUUCAUCAACAUCAACUGGAACGCGCUCACGUCGUCGUACGAGAAGCUCGUCACGACGCGCACGGGCCCGCCGGCAGCCCAGGGCGGCAACCGCCUCGCCCAGGUGUGGUACGGCUUCAUCGACUUUGUCGGCGCAAACGUGCAGCAGCGGGCGACGUUCGUCGCGGGCAUCGUGCUCGGGUUCCGCCUCGGUUGA